UAGGGUUUCGAGACCACUCCUGAGCGCUCAGGAGUGGUUCUGAGCGCUCGAGACCAUAGGCGGGGCCCAACAUCUUCGUCCUCCUCUUUUCGAACAUAAGGGUUUCAUCCUCACUUCCAAGCGCUCAAUAACCAGAGUACGGAACCCACGAUCCUCCAUUCUUCUCUCCACAAUCUUACUCCUUCCCAAUCAAUUUCUCUCUUCCUCAAUCAUCUCCUCUCUCUCACAAUUAACUUUUUCACCUCUCAAUUGUUUGAUUGUUCUGUCCAUCUAUGAAAUGGAACGACUCCGAGACUUAGAUAUCACAACGGUGCAACAGUGGGCAAUGGUGUGCUAGGAAGCUCGUCAAAGAAGGAGAAUGAGUUCAUGGGAGGAAGAAGAACAGACAGCUAGUGACGGAGAGAAUGGGGCGACCUCCAGCAGUGUGGUGGCUAUUGCAAGUGACGCGAUGAUGACAGGUGGAGCCAGUGAGGGUACUGAAGUAUCCAAAGGUGGAGCCACAAGCGAGGGGACCCACCCUCACACUCCUACUAUGGAGGAUCUACUCAAGGCCGUGGAGGAGAAUUCUGCCAAUGGCCAAGAUGUCGCAGCAGAGAGCGAGGCCGCAACACUGGGUCUAUUUACUAUCACACCUGUCUUGAGAACAUCUGUGGUAGAACCGAGAAAUGAGGAUGCCGGGAUUGGAGCUUCACAGCCCAUUCCCUUAGUUGACGGUGAUUUUUUGGAGUCUACAGAUCCACGGGACAUCUUGGAUGCCCUUAGCGUCAAUUCAAGGACUUUAAAAGUAUUGGGAGAGGUCGGGUCUUCAUACGUGAGGGCGGCGGCUACCCUAUUAGGGGUCAUACUGAGCCAAGGUGGAAGUGAGAGGGUCAGGAUGCCAAAGGGAGGACCCGAGUCGGAAGAGGUGGUGGUAGUAGAACGAGUGGCGGCGGUGGAGGAAGCGAAGGCUUUCGGGAGGGAGACUCGCCCCACUUUUUCCCCCCAGACUUAUGCUCCGCAGUUGCAUCUCUUUGAACCGGUGGAAAUAACUAACUAUGCCCUGGCUAACGCUGACUAUCCGGGAGACAUGUUGUUGAGAGUCGAGAUCGUCACAUCUCGUCGACAUGGACCACGGUAAAAUUCUAAUAACACACUUUAACUAUCAGAAACGCCCUAAAAUGUCUUUUGAUUUGUUAAUUAUCAUGCUAAGAAAAUUCUUCUCAAAUGCUCUUGAUUUUCCUGUAACAAUGAACAACGCAUGUGUAUGGCCACCGGGGUUUCGCCAAGUCCUUGGCGUACAAGAAUUGGUAGAAGCAGCAAGCUUGGACCUUUUAUAUAGCUUGUGACAAUGGUUAGGGUCGACCAUGCGGUGUUGACAGCACUUACAGAGAGGUGGUGGGAUACCACCAACACCUUCCACUUCAGGUUUGGGGAGAUGAUACUGACACCCCUCAACUUCGCAGCAAUCACGGGACUUAUGGUUGGAGGAGACCCGAUCCCCUAUGAUACGGGCUUGGUGAAUGACAAUGCAGCUCUGAUAUGGUUUCUUGGGUGAGUUCCACUCCAUGGUCGGAUGGCAACAUAUGGCCAGUUUGCUAAUUACUGGGAUCACGAGCCGGAGAGCGACGAAGAGGCAGCCCAGAUAGCCCGAGCUUGUUUGCUAUACCUGUUUGGGGCUUCUCUGUUCCUAAACCGACGAACACGAGUGCAACUCAGCUACUUGGCUGCUUUGGUUGAUUUGAAACAAGCGGGAAGAUAUGACAGGGGAGGUGCUGCACUGUGCACCUUGUACUGAUGCCUUGGAGCUUCUUCACGUAGUGUUGGUAAUACCGUUGGUGGAUACUGGAGAGUAGUCGAGCUUUGGGCAUAUGAAGUGCUAGGGAUGUUUCUGCCUGAGAACACCUGUAAAGAUCCAAAUUUGUUUCCUUGAGGCUUAGUUUGAAAUAAAGAGUAUAGAAAAAUAAAAGAACGAAGGGGCGAGGUGAUGACAUUCCGACGCUGGUUAGAUAAUUUGACGGGUGUCUCGGUUCAUUGGAAAUGUUGGGAUAAGCUGGAAGCAGAGUGUCCGGUGAGGAGUUGAGAGGUGAUGAAGAGUAGAGUGCUACUAGAGUGCCCCUUGGGCUGGCAAUGGUACUCGGGGGAUCGCUUGACUCGUCAGUCACUUGGUCUCUCGGCGUUCAUAGAACCGGGGCCACUCCCUCCCAGAGUGCAGAGGACUGAUACCUACUUAUGCGCAGAGCUUGAGCAAUUCACAGCACCUAAUACCAAUUUGGAGGGGUUUUGAGGCCAACAAUAGAUUACGACGCUUACAAGGAAAGGUAUUUGGCCAUGAGCCUAGGCGUGGAGCAAUAGCUCCAAAGAUGCGCAGCUGAAAUUGAGGCUAGGAGAGCAGCUUCUGGAGCUAGGGUUGGAGAAGAGCGAGGCUGUGGUGACCGCCCUCAAAGACGUAGAGGUCGAGGUACCAACUUCCAAGGUCGGGGGAGAGGUGGUGCGGAGGCUACAGUAAGGAGCGAGGAUGCUCCAGAGCCAGUCCGAGAUCGGACAGGCGCUCGAGCAAUUGUGGAUAUCUCGCACCUGCCUCGCCCGAACAUGAACCUUCAAGAUCCGGUAAAAUAAUUGAUUUAAUAGUAUGCAAUUCGACUUUUGAUGGGCAAGCUUUUGCGUGAUUGUGCCAGAGGGAAGACAUUACAGACCCGUCCUGCCCCUGAGCCAGCUGCUACUCCAGUUACGGAGCCACCACAGGUGCAGGUGCAUGAGGAGACCCAUCACACGACUCGGGCACAAUCCCAGGCAACCAUUGGAUCUUCAGCCCCUAGAGUGACCCAGGCGGAGAGCCGCUGGUUUAAGUUACGUCCAUAACUGGUGAUCCAAAGACAGCUUGAGCUUGAAGAGCCGGAGGAGUCGGGUGAGGCGGAGGGAUCAGAAGAGUCACCAGGGGCUUUUGAUUCAGUUACCGACUCUGGUUUACCUGAUCCUCCUAAUGGUGAUGAGAGUUCUGAGGAGGAGGAUCCACCACAGAAGAAAUCGUGACACAUCUGAGCUGCUUUUACUUUGCUAGUUUUACGGGAGCCAGCGUGCCGCGAGUAGUUGUAGGUUUCAGGCCUGCGUGCCUUGGUUUUUGCUUGGGUCUGUGUGCCCCUGUAGGUAGCUCUCAGACAAGGAUACCCUUCUUUUGAUCAUUGUAUAUACUACUUUUGUUAAUGAAAAUUGCAUUUCUUUCUUUU